AUGCUUUCCCCUAGGAUUUUCUUUGCUUCAGAAAUUUCAGUCAUUUAUUUUAAUCUACUUUUUUUUAUGAUACUUGGUUGUCAAUUCACAUGCAUAUCUCCAAACAGUAUAGGUUUCCUCUCACCGAUGCCCGAGGAUCUGGAUGUAAACACUUUUUAUGACAUUCGAAGGGAAGAGUUUGAGGCUCUUCAUUGUAUAUAUCCGGAACUAAAAAUUGACAAAGAUUUCACGGUUUGCACUAUCGAUAUACCCAUCCAUCUAGAGACUCCAUUAACGUUGAGAUUUCAAAAUAAAGAGACCAGUAUAUGCAACCUACCUGCACUGCACUGUCGAAUAGAACUUCCCUAUGGAUACCCGGAAUUUGAUCCACCUAUUGUUUUAUUUGAGAAUAUCAAUAGCUGGCUCGAUGGGAAAAACGUGAAUAGAAUAUACUCCGAAUUGUACAAGAUAUGGGAAGGUUUCAAGGACGCUGUUAUUUAUUCAUAUUUAGAUUAUGUUAGGAGCGAAAGCAGAUUUGCCUUUCAUUUGUAUCUACACGGGGAAUUAGUUGUUUCAAAUGAAGAAGAUUUCCGGUUAUUACAAUAUGAGAACUACAGGGAAAAGCAAAGGAUAUUUGAGCAAGGGACAUAUACGUGUGAUAUAUGUCAAAUGGAGAAAAAAGGUGAUGAGUGUAGUCAAUUUCCUUACUGUGCUCAUGUGUUUUGUAAUAUAUGUUUGAAAGAUUACUUCACGCAUAUCAUCGAGAGAGGUGAGAUUGAAAAUGUGCAUUGCCCAUCGUUUACAUGCACCAAAGAAAGGAAUAAGGCUAUCAUUGAACUGACAAGGAAAGCCGAAGAGGGGAAAAUUGCGGAUUUCAAAGAGUUUGAUGAUGAGUUUUUCAAAUUACCUGUUUCUCCUGACCUAAUGAGAAGGUUCCUUUUGGGAGAAACCAAAGAGGAACUGAUACAACGGUACAUGUCACUGUAUGAACAAACCUCAAUGGAAAGGUAUGCAAAAUUUUUCCCCAAUAGAGUGGCCAAUUGCCCGAGAUCAUUUUGUGCCACUACAUUCAUCAAGAAAGAUCCUGAUAACAAGCUGGCAAUUUGCCCCGGGUGCAAUUUUGCAUUUUGUUCCCAAUGUCUCCAUUCUUGGCAUGGUGAUAUCAACUCAUGUUCCAUAUACAAGAAGAAAAUACCAGAGGAUAUUAUAUUAAAAUGGAUCGAUAACAAUGGACAAACCCCCAACAAGCAGACAAGUGAGGAAAGAGAGACAUGUUCUAAUAUCAUAUACAAAUAUGGCAAGAAAAUAAUUGAGUUAGCAGCUAGCGAGUACAUUGCACAAGUUCAGUUUGAGGAGUUGGUCAAAUCCGGAGAUGCAGACAUUACCCAGUGUCCCAGUUGUAGCACCUACAUUCAAAGAUCUGAUGGAUGCAACAAGAUGACGUGUUCUAAGUGCCUUGUGUUUUUUUGUAACUUAUGUGGUGACAGAUUGAAUAGAAACGAUCCAUAUGAACAUUACAACAAUCCGCUGAAUCGAUGCUUUGGCAAGCUGUUCCAAGGAAUGGUACCUGAGGAAGAUGGUUAA